AUGAAGAAGACGUUGGAUACUAGAACAGAUAUGGAGCAGACGUCAGAUACUACAGAAGAUAUGGAGCAGACAUCUGAUACUAGAAAUGAUAUGAAGCAGACGUCAGAUACUAAAAAAGAUUUAGAGCAGACGUCAGAUACUAGAAAAGAUAUGGAGCAGACGUCAGAUACUGGAGAAGAAAUGGAGCAGACGUCAGAUACUGGAGAAGAUAUGGAGCAAACGUCUGAUACUAGAAAUGAUAUGAAACAGACGUCAGAUACUAAAGAUGAUAUGGAGCCGACGUCAGAUACUAAAGAUAAUAUGGUGACUCACAUAAGUACUCACGUUGGUGGGGCACCAUUUCAAUGCGGUAUUUGUGGUAAAGGGUUUAGCACAAAUUCUAUAUUACAGAGACAUAUACGAGAGCAUACUGAUAACAAGCCUUAUAAAUGUGAGUCAUGUGACAAAGGAUUUGGUCGAAAUUCUCACUUACAGAGACACAUCAAAAAUCAAGUAUGUGAUAAACUGUAUAAAUGUGAUGUAUGUGAUUCCAGUUUUAGUAAGAUGGAUAAAUCACAAAGACAUGAGAGUAAACAUACUUGUGAUUACCCAUUUCUCCAUCAAUUAGGAAUACACAUGCGAACACACACGGUUAAAAAACCUUAUCAAUGUACAAUUUGUGAUAAAGAUUUUAGUAACAAAAGGAACAGGAUGAAACAUAUGAGAACACAUACUGGUGAUAAACCCUAUCAUUGUAGUAUUUGUGGUAAAGAUUUUAGUCGUAAAAGGGACGUAACAAGACAUACGAGAACACAUACUGGUGAUAAACCCUAUCAUUGUAGUAUUUGUGGUAAAGAUUUAAGAGGGGACUUGAACAUGUUGAAGAGACAUAUGAGAAGUAAACAUAAGGGUAUACAACCAUUUAAAUGUUAUGCAUAUAAUAAUGGGGUCAGUCAGAAGGAGUCUAGUUUACAGGCAGAUACAAAAACACAUACUGGAAAUAAAUCUCAUGACUGUAACGUAUGUGGUAAAGGAUUUAGUCGCCUUUGUCAUUUACAGAGACACACACACAUGAGGAUACAUACUGAGGGUAAAUCCCACAAAUGUGAUGUAUGUGGUCAAGUGUUUAGACGAAACCAUGACUUACAGAUACACAAGAGAACACAUACGGGUAACAUAAAACUACAUUUAUGUCAUUUGUGUGGAAAAGGAUUCAGUAGAAAAACUGGCUUAAACAGACAUAUGAGAACACACACUGGUUAUAAACCUCAUGUAUGUGAUAUAUGUGACAAAAAGUUUGACAGCAGUAAUGCCGUGAUCUAUCACAUAAAAGUUCACACUGGAGAAAAGCCCCAUCUGUGUGAUGUGUGUGGUAUAGGAUUCAGGCUGAGUGGAAAUUUAGAGAUGCACAAACGAACCCACACUGGGGACCAACCGUACAAAUGUGAUGUAUGUGAAAAGUUGAUUUCUAUACUCAAUCCAUCAACACCAUCACAAGUAAAUAAAUUGGGGUCCUACAUCAAAAGGUCAUUAGAACUGAGGACAGGGGACACUGGAAUAGUUACUGUAAAUGGAUGA